UAAGUGUAAUAAAUUCUUGUCUAUGAAAAGCCUUUCUUUAAAUUGAAAUCUUUCUUAAAAUUGAAAUGAGACAGUAAAGCUAUCCAACAUUGUCUGUAUCCAACAUUUGCUUAUUUGUCAUUAUUGUUGUAGGUUUCACCUUUCUUCCCACUGUGAGGUGUAUUGUUUACUUUGUUUUUGCAUGUUUUUGUAAUCCUGUCUGGAUGAAAUAGAGUCUGAAUGAAUGAUGCACACUCAGUUGGCACAGACGAGCGAAAGAUCUCCAGAGCUCAGACACUUCAUAGCAGAGAUGAAUUCCUUCUUUUGCGUUUUGUUCCUGGUGGCCACUUGUGGGUUGUCUGUUGGUAUGAUAAGAGAAUAUAGUUACCAAGAACUUAAUCAAGGUGUCUCUUGGGUAACUGCUCAAUGUUAUUGCAGAUAUUACUUCAAAGAUCUGGCUACUGUGACUACUGCUGAAGAACACCAGAGACUUGCUGAAGUCGAAAGAAUCAGUAACAACCCUGACCCAGGCUGGAUUGGGUGGAACAAAGAGAAUAACAAAUGGACUUGGUCUGAUGAACAAUCACUUUUUUACUUAAAAUGGAAAUCAGGUUGUCCUUUGGUUGGCCUUGCAGAUUGGCAAAAAACAUGCGUUGCUCUGCAAAACGGAUACUUGACUAAUACUUAUUGUAACACCAAUUAUAAUUUCUACUGCUACAGAUAUUUGAUUUUGGUGGAAGAAUCUAAAACAUGGGAAGAAGCUCUUCAGUACUGUGCCACUAACUACACUACGUUGGCCUCUCUACCCAACGUGACACAAAUGCACCAGGCAAAUUUGGAGCUCACUUUAUCCCAGACAGAGGGUGUUUGGGCCGGACUGCGUUUCAUAAAUGCACAAUGGUUCUGGCUGUGUGGAGACACUGUAGGGACACCAGAUUCUUUGCCAGCAUGUCCAGCUCAGCCAUACCGGUGUGGAGCGUUCAACAUAACAACCAACUCCUGGGUGAACCGAGACUGCAACGAGAAGCGGAAUUUCAUCUGUCACUGGGGCUAAUUUUCCACCAGUUGGAUCCUUCUUCAGGAAGAACAAAUUAUAUUUAUGGCACAAUAAUACAUACCAUUUAUUAGCUGCACCAUGUACUUAACUCUGUUAUAGGUAAACGGUUUAUACUAUAGGUAAUCAAUUUUAGAUACUAAUAUAUUACCGAAACUAUAUAGUAAAUGGACGAAUACAUGUAUAUGCUGGUGGAGGGAUUUUUAUUAAAGUAAUAGAUAAUAGCAUGAUGCUUUUCAUAUCAAGGUCACAUCAUCUGAGAUAUAACUGUUAGUGUCAACCAUACAAGUAGAUUUGCUUUUGACAUUUAUUUUAUGUAGCCAAUAAACACUAUUUGUACAUUUGUAUAAGAGAGAAAAAAAUGGACAAAUACUGUA